UUGAAGCUAUUCUUCAAGACUCUUUUCACUUGCUUCGUCAGACCUGUUCCCCUGUUGAGCAGACUCAGCUCCUUCAGAUUGCCUUCUGUACCCGACUAGGAACUAUCAGAGCCCACUGUUCAACUCAAGGGGGUUUUUCAAGCCUGACUCUUGGACCUUUUAAAAGGAACAAUACUGAGAAAAGGACUUCAGUGUGUUAUUUUAAAUUGGAUUGUUCUGUAGUUUUUUGAGGGAUUGGGAGAGAAGGUAAGAGGGCAAUUGGCUGGUUUGGAUGGAGCACAGCGCAGAUUUUCCAGAGUUGAUGACUGAUUGGAGUGCAGUUAUCCUUCUAGGUCUGUGACCCUCUUGCGGACUGUUUCCCCCGGAGCACGACCUUGGCUGAACGAAGUACGGUGACGAUGGUGAUGAUGAUGGUGACCACGGGGCUGUGGGGCUCAUUCCUCUUCCUCAGCCUUCUAACUGCCCAGGUGACCAGCAGCCUCGCCAGAACCGGCAAUGGCUACCCGCGCAUGAAGCUGUCAUACCAAGAGCUGCUGGCGUUCCAGGGGGUGAAGCACUAUGAAAUGGACCGGUCCUGCUGCUUUAACACCAUGCUGCUGGACGAGGAGAGAGGGAGGCUCUUCGUAGGGGCCAAGAACUACCUGCUGUCUCUGAGCCUGGACAACAUCAGCAAGCAGCAGCACAUGAUUUACUGGCCAGCGCCUGUGGACUGGAGGGAGGAAUGCAACUGGGCAGGCAAAGACAUCAACUCAGACUGUGUGAAUUAUGUUAAAGUCCUGCACCACUACAAUCGGACGCACCUGUAUGCCUGCGGGACAGGGGCUUUCCACCCCACCUGUGCCUUCGUGGAGGUGGGACAGAAGAUAGAGGACAGCGUGUUUCGGAUCGACCCCAACAAGGUAGAGGACGGCAAGGGGAAGAGUCCCUACGAUCCCAAGCACCAGGCUGCCUCAGUGCUCAUCGGGGAUGAGCUGUACUCUGGAGUGGCCACUGAUCUGAUGGGACGGGACUUCACCAUCUUCCGGAGUCUGGGACAGCGAAACUCCAUCCGGACGGAGCAGCACGACUCCCGCUGGCUCAACGAGCCGAAGUUCAUCAGUGCGUUCUGGGUCCCGGAGAGCGAGAACCCCGACGAUGAUAAGAUUUUCUUCUUCUUCCGUGAGACGGCGGUCGAGGGACAGGGCUUGGGCAAAUCAACCUACUCCCGGAUUGGACAGCUGUGCAGGAAUGAUGUGGGCGGGCAGCGCAGUCUGGUCAACAAGUGGACUAGCUUCCUGAAGACUCGGCUCAUCUGCUCGGUCCCGGGCAGCGAUGGCAGCGACACAUACUUCGAUGAGCUCAGGGAUGUUUUCCUGCUGCAGACAAGAGACAGGAAGAACCCAUUGGUCUAUACCGUCUUCUCUACUUCCAGCAGCGUGUUCAAGGGCUCGGCUGUGUGUAUCUACACCAUGAACGACAUCCGCAGGGCUUUCCUGGGGCCCUUCGCACACAAGGAGGGGCCCAACUACCAGUGGGUGCCCUUCCAGGGCAAGGUGCCCUACCCUCGUCCUGGAAUGUGUCCUAGCAAGACGUUCGGGAGCUUUGAGUCGACGAAGGAGUUCCCCGAUGACGUGAUCCAGUUUGCACGGCACCACCCCCUCAUGUACAACCCCGUGUACCCGCUGAACCGGCGGCCCGUCUUCAUGCGCACCAACGUGGAGCACAGCUUCACCCAGAUUGCAGUGGACAGGGUGGCCGCCGCGGACGGGCAGUAUGACGUCAUGUUCAUCGGCACAGACGUGGGCUCUGUGCUGAAGGUGAUCUCCGUUCCCAAGGAGAGCUGGAAGAACAUGGAGGAGCUGCUUCUGGAGGAGCUGCAGGUGUUCAAGGACGCGUCUCCCAUCACCAACAUGCAGAUCUCAUCAAAACGGCAACAGCUGUACGUGGGCUCGGAGACGGGGCUGGCCCAGGUGCCCCUCCAUCGCUGCAGUAGCUAUGGAAAGGCGUGUGCGGAGUGCUGCCUGGCACGAGACCCCUACUGCGCCUGGGACGGGACGUCCUGCACCCGCUACCUCCCCAACACAAAGCGGCGAUUCAGGCGUCAGGAUGUGAGAAACGGAGACCCAAACACACUAUGCUCAGGAGACCACCACCAGCACAGAGUCACUGAGAAGAAGCUGUAUGGGGUAGAGGGCAGCAGCACCUUCCUGGAGUGCAUUCCCAAAUCCCUGCAGGCCCAGGUGACCUGGACCUUCCAGAGCCAGCCGGACAGACGUCGAGACGAGGUUCACCCGGAUGAGCGGAUCAUCAAGACGGACAGGGGUCUGCUGCUGAGGACCGUUCAGAGGAAUGACGCAGGGGAGUACCAGUGCCACUCCAUGGAGCACGGCUUCACCCAGACCCUGCUGCGCAUCUCCCUGGAGAUGAUCUCCUCGGGCAAUGCGGAUGGGUACUCCCCCAAAGACCAGCUGGACCCCCAUGGCUCCUCCCUCUCCUCCAGCCAGAAGGUCUGGUACCGAGACUUCAUGCAGCUGGUGGACCACCCCAACCUCAAGACCGUUGACCAGAUCUGCGAGCAGGUGUGGAAGCGCAAGAACCGGCAGCCGAAGCUGCUCCAGCCUCCCAAGAAACCAGCCCCUCCCCCCCUGGGAGUCCAAGUCAACCCCAGCAAGUGGAAACACCUGCAAGAGAUCCGAAAGGCGCGGAACCGCAGGACCCACGAGACCCUGAGACCAGAACGGGCCCCCAGGAGCGCCACCACCUGGUGAUUGUCUGCUGAUGGGAGGGAGAGAGAAAGAGAGAGAAAUAGAACGAGAGGCUGAGAAGGAAGGUAAUAGAAGAGGAAGGUGGAGUGAAAAGGGUGUAGCCCUCAAACCUAUCCUUUUCGUUGAUUUUCAUUUCAAUUUUACUCCCUCCCCCACCAAUCGCACCCCCAUAGAGGUGGGCAAUGGACUGCUCUUAAACCCACAAUUGGUUGUUUAAGCCCGUUUAUAUCCAAAGGUUGCCGCAACCAAAGCUCUGUAUUUCAAAAUAGUUCUGGCAAAAAAAAAUUAGAAAAAUUAAUGAUGCAGUCUCCAUUGGAAUCCUGUGUUAACUUCAUUGUUCUUCCAUUAGUCCUGCCAGUAAGAGAACUGGGAUUACCCAACUCAUCACCCAUGGACCUGAUCAUGUUCCUUCCCUGGAACCUGGCCUCUGACACACUUCUCCCCAGCCCCUUCUGUUCUGCUCUGGUUUCUGACUGUUCAAUAUUAUUGCCUGCCAGGACACUCCAUUCCUGGGCCAACUCCCAACAUGAUGAUCCAGGAACAAAUUAGUUUCCUAAUGCCCAGUAGCAUGAGAGUCCGGGCUUACACCUUUGGAACUGAUGUCAAUGUCACACGGUUGUGCUGCAUGAAAAGACACGAAUUACAAGGAUUAUGUUAUUUUUUAGGGCAACGGACAAAUCUUAAUAUUACAUCUUGUUAGUAUACAAAAAAAACCUUGGAUGAAACUGGAAUCACUUACAACCAAGAAUCAACUCUGGAGGUCAUGGGUGCCUGAGAGAAUUGGAUUAAUAGUCAUACAGUUUGGGACCUCCGUCCAUUCUUCCAGGACCAGAGAACUAUGAUUCCUGAGGACCACUAAUUAAUGGGAGAGCACUCAGCAUGUCCUUCAUAACGCAGUGUCAUCUUUCUGGGACCUUUGAACAUCAGUAGAUGAUGUCAUUCAUUUCACAACAAUUAUGACAUCACUUACAAUAGAGACAAUGGCAUAUUUGAUUAGUGAGGUGAUGCCAUGGUCCAUGAUGAAGCACAUGACACUAUCACGGAGAGCAUGAAAUCACCCAUCUUGGGCACAAUGGUACUGCAGUGUCUGUCCUGUACUUGAGACACAUUGGUUUUGUCUGGGAACUGCGUAGGAUUAUCCAUGUCACAAAACACGGGACUGCACACUGAACAAGCCGACAACUGAAAUGGGGAGGGGGAGAAUGGACUUUCCUUUAGAAUCUAGAAGAUUGAAAAUGUAAUCUUUUCUUUUAGGUACUGUACUGUGGGUCCUCAAACCACCAGCAAGUCGUUGAAUCCCUUUUUUUAUUUGUUGUUUUUUAACUAUUGCGCUCUUCAGCUUCCAGUUCUGGCUCAACCACUCCAGGCAAGCUUGACCACUGUUAUUCAUUCCAGUUCACAAAACCUCUUCAGCAAGAAACGUAGAGGAAUGGCUUUAAGUACAGCACUAACAAAUGUAUUUGUUUUUGCUUCACUCUGUUGCUCCGCCUUGUGAAGAGGGAGGCUAGACUUCAUCCUUCACCUUGGCUUAACAUAUGGCUACUGUGGAAUUUGUCAUUGUACAGUGUGUGACUCCAAGAGUAGAUUAGUGUGCGCUUGUGUUUAUGGUCCAUGUACGGUAGUUAUUUUGGCUGGUUUGGUAAAGGUUUUGUAUUUAUAUCUAUAGAGUGUGCAAAAAGAUUGAUUAAAACUCCAAAAAAUAAACUUUGGAUCAAAAAUAUUACAGCCAGUAAGACACGUAUUCCUUUAAGUUAUAUUUCUGUAGCUUGUAAUAAAGUACCACAAAAGCACCUUCUAUUGUCAUGUAAGUCAAGAAUAUACAUUGGCCAUGCAUUAUCAGGUGACAGACCAACGCUUUUCCUAGUACUUGCUACUUACGUCCAAGUUCUUGCUAACGAGGUUUCAAUGCAUCUGGACAGCUUCUGACAAGGUGCAAAGCAAUGUAUCCAAAAAGGAGUUCAUGUUUUUUAUUUCAUGUUUUUAUUGAAUUACUUUGUAUUUUUGUAUUUUUUUUUUUUUUAAAGGAGAGCUGAGCUGUUGUUUCUGUAUUCUGUAUUAUAAGCGAAACCUGAACUCUUUUUCUGCUGUUGCUAGCACCGACGAAGGAAAGACAAGACUCCUUGAAAUAUUUAAGUUAAGCAUUAAAGUUGUAUUUAAAAAGGUAAUAAUACAAAAAAUAACAAACAACAGGUGGGCUAGACAAUGUGCUUUUAAAGGUUGGUAUCGAUUGGUCUGGGACAGAUCAGAUAUCAAUAUAUUGUUAUUAAAAGAAAAUGCAGAUAGGCAAGUAUAUAUCCUGUGAUUGAGUGCUGUGGACAGAAGGCACUUGGUUUUUAUAGGUAAUAAAAACCCCUCAGUUUGUUUGGUCUCCAGUGCUUAUAAAGCAUUGGAGGUGUAUGUGUAUGAAUGUAUUGCUUGGAAUGGGUGAGCAAGCAUGGCUACGAUUAUAAGAAAAGGUCAAAAUUCACUGUGGCGCACAAUACAGAACGAGUUCCUGUGGAGAAACGUUUCAGAUCAAACGUAUUAAAUUAACACAAUAAAAUAAAGUUACUUACUUUGCA